GCGCCCUCUACAGUCCUGCUGAGGACUCCGUUUCAUAUUACUAACGCUGUUUCUGAGUCAAGGAAAAACAAAAACAUGUCCGAGUGCGACAAGCUCAACCAUUAACCAGCUACAGCCACCUGAAGUCACCUUAACAAGCCGCCGAUUGGACCGACUGCUAUAUGAUUCCCGUCGUGUCAACGGCCGACGACCCAGAAAGAUGCCGCAGAAAGCACUGGGAUCCAUUGUAGGUCUUCUUUGUACCGGGACCUGUCUGGUGCAGGUAAGCCGCUGCUAGGACUCGCAGGGUCGGAUUAAGCUUGAAGGCGAGGCCGCGGCUCCUCGGUCGGUUGAAGGCCUCCUCUCGAUCCUUUUUGUCUCCUCCACAAAGGAAACUGGGCACGGUUCGUUAGUGUGUACGGCGGAUGACGUCAGUUAGUCAAAGUUUUUUAUUAAUAUUUCGACAGUUUACUCGCGAGGUAACGCAGUUUUUACCUCAAAAACCAACACAGCAGUCAUCUAUAAUCUCAGUUUAACAGUUAAAACCGAGAGGGAAUCAAGAUUAACGUUAGCCGAUGCUAACUGGUACCCGGCAAAUUGACGUGUUUAUUCAGAGAAUUUGAUGGUAGCUGGUUAGCUUUUGUAGGCUUUUCCUCUUGGUGUGCUUUGACGAACGGAUUAAUAAUUUUGUAUAAUUAGGCGUGGAUAAACAGGGAACAAAAGAAACCCUAAUCUUGUGAAAGAAUGUUUCAUUUACAUAACUGAACUUAUUUACUGUGACUCAGUUCUGCCCUGCAACUGUAGCAGCGUCUUGUACUGCUUCGGGUUUGUCCUAAAACCUGCGUACUUCAAGCUGACCUGUAAAUAAACUAUUUAUCAAAUUAAACUAAUGGUGGUCAUAUUUUGUUUAAUCUUAUUUUCACAGCUUUAAAGAGGCACCAAAUCUCUAAAUAUCACCAUGUUAACCAUACCGGUAUGGACACCUUGGCAGUAUAAUGCAAUACAAUACAACACCUCUACCUGAAAUUCUACCCUUUAUGAAGCUUAAACAUGUUCAAAUUAUGAUAAAAUGGUCAAACAGGUGGUUAUUGUUCUUCAAAUUCAUUGUUGCAGUUGUAGUAGGUGUUUUGUAGUGAAAGGUGUUCCUAAUAUUUUGCUCCCUUUAUGUUUGUGAAUGAACACCUUUCAACACAACACACUCCAGGACACCACCACCAAAAACUAUAUCUGUAAUGAACAAAUUCCAAGUAUCUGUCUCUUAAAACUGUGAGUUUAGGAGCUUCCUGAAGAAGAAUUUGUAAGACAGUGAAUGGACUGGGUUGUAAUAGAUAUCCCAGGUGUUCCUAAUGAUUUGGCUUGUUGGUGCAAAUGUAUGUACAUAGUAACAUUAUGGGAAAUCAGCACAAAAGUGAGCAAACACUAUAAAUGACACUGAGGUGACAAGUGACAAAGGCUAAACAGAUCGUGGAAAUAGGUCAGUUUACCAGGAGAUUGCAAUGCAACCUGUGUGGUUGAGUGUUGACUCAGACAUUCACUUUGUGUGCCUUUUGUGUGUGUUUAAGGGGAAGGAGUUCUGUUUUGGGGUAAACAAUGAGCAGUACCGCUGCGAGAUGGGCUACUGCUGUGGAGAGAGAGAGUGCUGCACCUACUACUAUGAACUCUGGUGUAAGUUCACUUUCGUAUUUGUCAAAUCUUUAUCCAUGAUGAUUAAAUGUUCUUUUAUAGUCCAUUUCCAUUGUCAAUCAAAAGCCUUUCUUUGAGAAUAAAUCUUUCAAGAAGAUAUGCGGACUUGCCCCACAUCUGUUUUUUCAUCCUGUAUUAGUUUCACUUUGAAAAAGAAAGUACACUGCUAGGGGACGCUGCUGUUUCCUGCAGUUUAAGAUCGAUUUUUAAAGAUAUUUUAAGCUUCUUGACCCAUGAACUUAAAAUGUUGCCCUUUUCUGUGUCAGGGACAACCCUGCCUCAUUUCACCUUUUCCCUGUCGAUGAUUAUAAGCUCACAUUGAGCCUGUCCUCUUUGACAGGGUUCUGGUUGGUAUGGACCCUGAUCAUUAUGCUAAGCUGCUGCUGCGCCUACCGACACAGAAGAGUUAAGAUGCGUCUUCAACAGGAGCAGCGUCAACGUGAGAUUAGCCUCAUGGCCUAUCAAGGAGCCUCCAGCUCCUUCAUUUCCCCUCCACCACUUAAUUUAAGUGAGUACUCAUUGUGUUUUACAAAGGAAAUGAUACUGACACUCUACUUUGUUUGGUUUUGAUGUUGGUCAUCCUCUCUUUAUUUAAUUUUUAUAACCUUGAAAUUUUUCGUUUUGUAGUCUUUCAACCUAGUAUGUGGACUGAAAGUUUUUCAAACCAAUCCUGUAGGCAGAUAGUGGUACAGCAAAUGUUAGAAAAAAGCAAUUUUCAAAGAAAGUAGAAAAGGCUUUUUUUUAUAUCCAGUCAUUUGCUGCUUGGCAAUCCAUGUCCCUUAUCUAACAGAAAAGCAUGCAAGACAACCAAAAAGAGUAAACUGAGAACAACUGGGAAACAUCUCAGCUAUUUUAUCUGUACAGACCUCCUGAUACUACAGCUUCACGACCAUAACCAUGAUUUAUACCCUGUCACAAUGAACCCCUGUAAAAAUAUCUUUACCUUAAAUUCACCCUCACAGACAUUAUGAUGGUAAUACCACACCAGGACUGUAAAUUGACAAGAGUCUCGAGAUUCAGUUAUUAUUAGGAGAAUACAGUCAUGGUAUGUUAAACUGCAAAAAAAGGAAACAUGCUAAUGUAUUGGGAUUGGGAUACAGUCCCUAUGAAAGCAACAUGUAGCACUAUGUUGCACUCUUUUAUGAGAUUUAUCAAAGGAAUUGAUAUAAUAUAAUUUGAGAAGAAAAUUAGCAUGUUAAUAUUAUUGUUUUGAAUGAUCAGAAUUAUAAUCUAACUAGGGUAAAGUGUGGGUAGCUCUGCAUACUGCCAAAGGCUCACGUAUCGAGGCUAAAACCUUGCCCCAGUGGCCUUGGAUUUGACCCCAGCCCUUGGCUCCUUCCUGCUUGUCGUCUCCUCUCCCUCCUACCAGUAUUUCCUGUCUCAUACCAGCUGUCCCACAAAACACUCACUAUUAAAUAAUCUGCAAUACAAGAAUUGGUACAGUGUUAUCAGGAAAUAAAAGAGGGUUUUGGGAUGCUUUGUGUAGUUUAUUUUCUACAUGUCAGUGUCAGUUUGAGUUGUGAAACAACAGAUUUCUCUCUGUUUUAACGUUUUAUCUUGAACAAGCAGCACAGGACAGAUCUGAUUACAAAUACAUUUUUUUCUGCUCAUCAUUGAUUUAAAUAGAAUAUCACUGUCUUUAUUAGGAUGAUGGUUUUAAAGUUUUUGUAAUUUUUUUAGGGUUCUGGAAUGAUUGCAAGCUUCCUGACUAUGAAGAGGUGGUAGGUCACCCUCCGACACCCCCUCCACCUUACUCUGAAAACCCCCCUGAAGCAGCUUCAGCACCCCCUGCACAAGUGAGCCAGCCCGAUUCUGCAACGGUUCCGCCACAGCCAGCUGAAGAAGCACCAAGGAUGGACAGCCAGGCGUCGGGCUCCAUAUCAAACCAGGAAGCAGCGUCAAUGCCGGUCCAUGCACAGUGUGUGGCUGUGGAGAAUGUCGAGGCUCCGUUGAUGAUGGCUGAGGAUGAUGAAGAGGAGGACGAGGAGCUCAUCACUCGCCGUCGCCAUGUGACCGGUGACUCAGGGAUUGAGGUGUGUGUUUGUCAGCUGGAUGUGGACGAGGGCUCAGGGCUUGAAGAGGAAAGCGAUGAGGAGCACCGCAUGUGCAAGGUCAGCGGUCGGGACUGCUGCUCCGGGCAGCAGCAGCAGCAAAGCUUCAGUCAGAAGGAGCACACCUCCGAGCUGCCCACCCAGACCGCCAGCACCAGCACUGGGGACCACAUGGUGUGAUCUACAGCUUUACUAACCAGCCAACCAGACUGACUUUCUGCCUCUCACAGAAAUAUCAUCAUCACCACAGGGGCUGCCUGUGUUUAAUCUCUGAACUAACGCAUAGGCAUGACAUAACAGUGAUGAUAACUAAUCCUUAACGGCACCUGAUUAGGAAUGAUGAACGACACGUUAUGUGGACCUUUUUUGCUCUGCUUCUCUAUCGCAGGGAAACCAGCAAACACCUUUUGAUCCUCCGUUAGGUCUAUUUUUUUCAGAGUGAACAUGAGAGCGUCAUCAGAAGGCAGCAAAUGAUUGUGAAUGACACCGGAAAUGACUGUCUCCCUUUGCUACCAUGCUCUCUUUGAGCACUGCCUUCAUGUUUCAAUAUCGCCGCUCCCCCCUGGUCAGAACAUUUCCCGCCGUCCACCCGUCUGACAUUUUACCUCCACUGGGAUGACCAGCAAGGAGCAUACCAACACGGUCAUCAACAUUUCUCCCCCUCCCCCCUCUGAACUCCACAACAACUAAGCAAAAGAGUCAAAAGGAAAACAUCUUGAAAACUUGAGGAUGAUGCUGGACAAAUCAAAACAAGCACAUUUGUUUUGUUUUUCCCCCAAAGCUGCGUGUGUCUGAGAAUUAACGUGUGUGUGUGCUGUGAAAUCUAGGGCACAGCUGCACGGUGAUGUCAGCUGUGAGGUCAUGGCAACCAGCGUCUGCUGUCCUCUCUGUGUGAAGGGGUGUGAGACUCUUUGCAUCUUGAGUGGAGGGAUUUGGGGGUGGGGGGGCAUGUAACCACAAAUAGCAGAGAAGAGAGACGGGAAGGAGUUAGUUGUUUAGUCUCCGGGUUUGAAAUGUCAUAUAACCUUCUUUGAUAUCCAUACAGCAGUGUCCACACCUCAGUGGUCACUGAUAGACAUGUUUGUAAUUUUGGGGGGGGUGACCAGCUUUGAAUAAUUUAUUGAUUGUGUGCACAUGAUCCCCCCCCUCACUUCGGUUUCUGACUGCAUCAAAGUCGUAAUAUAGCCUAAAGGGCUAUGCCACCACUUUUUCUGAUCCACAAACAUCCCCAUGAGGCUUUGUAUCAGUGUGUUUCUUUUUGCUCCAUCAUAUCAGAGUGAGCAUCGGCAGCAUUUAGCUCGUUCUACUCAUUAUUAGUUAGUUUAGAUUUUUAUAAAGGAUGUAGUCGUGGCUUUGGUGUUCUGUUUUCAGAGUCAUAACUCGCUAUGCUUCAGUUAAAUGCCACAGGUGUCACUAUAAAUCGCAACAAAGCUCCUGAUGGGGGGCUGCUAGAGUGCUUAUGUAUUAGUGGGUGGAUGUUGAAGUGCAGUAGGUAAGGGCUGAGUCCUCUAUGUGUGUGUGAGUGUGUGUGUGUGUAUCUUUAUAGUGCUGUAGCAUCUGGUUUAAACACAAAGCAAAGAGAUGGAUCAGAAGCACUGAUGUUUUGCAUGAGGCAUGGAUUCUGUGAUUAUAUUUGAGUUCACUGAUAUUUUUCAGCUUCUUGCUUUUGCUCCUCACUCUGUCAUAUUAGGCUACACAGUUUUUUUAUGGUUGCGAGGUGACCUGAGGUUGAAAAUCUUGUAUUCUUGAGUUGUUACAACUGUUCGAGCCGCGCUGUCUGAUGCAGCGGCGGUUGCUUGUUCGCUGAGGCGGUUCUGGCUCUCUCUCCGGGGCCCCGUAGCUCCUGGCAGCCUGAGGGAUUUGCGGCGGUAUUUUCCAUUGGCAGCGGAGGCUGAGUGCAUUAACAAGUCGAGGUGGAUGCAGGCUUCUGCUCUGCAGUCUUGUCACUGUUGGCUGCAGACUCUGUUGUGAAUAGCUGCAUGCUUCUUUGCAUCUUAUGUCGCUUGCCCUACUUACUGUACUGUAUCUAUUCAAGGCAUUAGAACAGGGCGUUAUAAGACAGAAAACAAACAUAAAAAAGGGUUUAUGUUGAUUAAAAUACAAAUCUCUAAGAGAGCAGAAGUAAAUGUUUCAGCGAGGAUUUCAUUUGGAAACAAAAAAAAAACGUAUAUAUGUUUCUUUAAUAAUGGAGUGCAAGAAUGGACACAGUGUACUGCUCUUAAAUGCCCCCUCAUCAGCUUCGUAAUGUGAUAGUGGUGCAGUAGUUUUCUGUAAAGACAGGCAAACAUGUCUGAAAUGCAGCGUGUUAGCUCUCGUAUUAAUCGAAGUCCAAACACCUUUUUGAAAUCGAACCACAAAGUAUCCAGCUGGAAAAACUGGCAGAAGGUGCUACAUGUCAUGCUCGGUUGAUUUAUUUAUUCAGGCAUUUAUAUAAGUAGUUAUGUGACGUCUGCUUCAGUUCAGACGGGACUCUGACAAGGACACAUUUACGAAAUUCUUGGCCUCCAGACAAGACAUGGCACUGCUGAUACCUCUUUCCUCCAACUGGCAGCAGCCCAGAGAUUUGUGCUGGCUUGAUCUCCCGUCUGAGCUGAACCCCGUAUUGUUUCUGCUGAAGUAUAGGAAUACAACACGAGAGAGGCAUCGCACCAGAAUCCACAGCUGCCUGAGGCUCGAAAUGAAAAGCGAUUUACUUUCAUUUUCAUUGCUGUGGUCUGAUCAGAACAAGCUGCGUUGAAAAGUUUGCAGCGGCCUUGUGUUGUGUUGCUGAGCAGGUGCUUAAACUAACAUGACAAUGACCUUUUCAGAGGAGCUGUUACACUGUGAGCAUGACUGCACACCAUUAGCAGAAGUCAUAUAAAAGACAUUGUUUGGCCAGCACACCUCAAGCUGCCUUGGCGCAUCUGUAGAGAGAAGAAGCCUUGAUAGUGAAGCUGCAUAUUGACUAAAGGUUGAAAGAGUCGUGCUACUGCCUUAUUAUACAGUAGGUGUAGUUCGUUUGUUCGUCAUUAACCCGAGCUCGCUCCUCUCACGCUCAGAAAAGAGGAUGUGGUUAGAAACAUGUUACAGCCACAAAAGUUCAGCUGUCACGUCCUGCAGACUUUUAACAUGCUUUGGUUUCGUAUCUGAGUGCGUGGUUGUGUUGAGUUUAAGAUACUGUGUGUGUAGAUAGUUGUGGCACUGAUGGACUUGUUGAGACCAGAGUUUGUGCUCGUUCUGCUCUUGUUUCAAGGUGCUGGUCGCGAAUAGUUUCUGAUUUGACCUGACUUGAAUGCAUGACUAAGAUUAGUUUCUGAUUCAUCCUGUUUGUGUUGUUGUUUUCCUCCUAUAAGAGAUUACUUCAUAACCUUCUUGUUAAGGUGCAUUUUUUUCCUCUUUGUAUAGACAAAAUGAUUGGGGCGGGGAGGUUGGGGAAAGAGGGAGGGACGGGGGUUUCUUUAGUGCAUGAGUUAACUUGAGGUCCAUAGUUUUACCAUUGCCAAACGACGACUAUGCCUCGCUAGUUUUCACAUGUUUACCAAGAUUAAGGGCUAAAUCCGUCACUCGUCGUGGACAGACAUCCAUCCCUUUUGUUGAGUGAUUCAUCCGCUCCGUGCUGUUUGUUUGAAGCCACAGUUGCCGAGAUCCACCUCCAUCUGUGUUUGGAGUUGGAUGUCCUUUCUUAACAUUGUGGUGGAGCUCAUAUUUAACAAUAGCUGAUUGUAUAUUAUGAUCAUGUAUGUUUGUUUUAUAGGCUUUGAGUUUUUGCCUUUUUUGUUUUCGUCAACCUGAACAGAGGUGCUUGAUGCGACCCACCCCCCACUAACCCAGUGAGUACUUUCCAUUCCCUUGUAUUCAGCCGCAUGUGUGUUGUAAUGAGAGUUUUAGCUCCGCCUCCUUCGGCUCAUCAUAAACCGUGACUCCAUGUUAACAGAAAAUGUAGCUAACACUAUGGCUAUUUGUUAUUCCUCUGAGCUCGGCCCCCUUGGUAACAGGGACGCCGAGCGGGAGAAUCGACAGAAUAAUCAACCAAAGUCGCUGUCAUCUCCAUGCUACAUGUGUUCUUGUUGUCAUAGCGAUGGUCUGUUGGGUUUCCCACUCUCAGGGUUAUCUUGAAAACUAACUCUUCUUCAGUCUCAUAAAGCCAAAGCAGUCACUUAAUAACUCUUUCCCUUAUUGUCGUCCAUGAUUAUCUCUGCAUCAUGCACCUCUGUAGUGUAUGUUACUUUUUCUCUACAAGGCUAUGCAAAAACAUAAACCUACUGUUAUAUGCUGCGACCCUUUACUCACCUUCAUCGUCAUUCGUCUGUGGAUACCGGUAAAAGCAAUAUAACUCAGUAUGUGUGGCACUGACUGUAACCUGCUUUAUUUGGUCUGUGUACAUGUAUUUGUUUAAGAAAAUAAUGAAAAAUACUUGUAAUGCUAUAAAAAUGAUGUAGUGUGUAUGUAUGCUUCGGCGUGAGCUGAGGGGCUUGACUUCAAAAGCCAUCCUAGUUUAUAUAAAUGUAUAUUUUUCCUGUCUUUUUGUGUUUUCCCUGCCUGCCACCUCCGAUACUUCCUCUUUGUACUCUGACUUAAGGGUAAACCACAUUUUGAAUUUGUGUAAGCUGAAAGGAAAGAGUUGUUUUCGUUGGAAUCCGUCGUCAUCCGUUCGCUAUUUUUCCAUCCCUCCCCCCUUUUUUUUUUUUGUUGCACUAAAUCAAUGGUUUGAUAUUUUGUGUUUCAGCAACAGCUUUCUUCUAUUUCCAUCCUGACGAAUUUUCACAGACUGAAUAUUUAACUGUUGCCUUUAAUCCUCAGUUCUAACAGCAUCAAUUUCAAAAUUUUUAUAUACUAUACAUAUGAAGGACCUCAACACAGAACACAGCCAGCUAACACGAGGCAAGAACACAAAAGGGUUAAUAAUGCGUGAACUUUUCCGGAACCCCUUAAGUCUCUUAAUUCGAGAAACAAAAAUACUUACAGAUGACGUAUUAAUUGUACUUUUUAUCCACCAUUGGGAAAACCAAACAUGGAGGUGCCACGUUUGAGCGGUAGACUUUUUUUUUUUUUUUUUGCCAAAAUCCUCGUUGAAAAGGAAGUAGGAAUCAGACUCUUCCUGCGUUGCUUUUCCAGCUACUUAAAACAAGCCAAAAUGAGUAAAGUGAUUAAAAAAAUAAAGCACUGAGUGAUGAAAAAAUCAAACAAAAAACUGCUUUGGUUGUGGUAAGAAGUCUGCUGUGUACUGGUAGGGUCAUCAUUUGUAUUUUAUUUUUUUAAUAAAACAAACAUUGGCACUCA